CGAAAUUAAAUUCAGGGUAAAAUAUAGCAAUGUAAUCAACGCGCUCAUACACUAAACGUCCCCUUUUUACGUACGUCACUUCCGCCUUCCUUUCUGGGGUCCAUCUUGCUUCCCGCAUGUGUUUGCUGUUAGUUUACAGAUGAAAGAAACAAUAAUGAAUCAAGAGAAAUUAGCUAAACUGCAGGCGCAGGUCCGCAUCGGAGGAAAGGGCAGCGCUCGGCGAAAGAAGAAGGUGGUGCACCGGACGGCCACGGCGGACGACAAGAAGCUGCAGUUCUCCUUGAAGAAACUCGGCGUCAACAACAUCUCCGGCAUCGAGGAGGUGAACAUGUUCACCAACCAGGGCACGGUGAUCCACUUCAACAACCCCAAAGUGCAGGCGUCGCUGGCCGCCAACACCUUCACGGUGACGGGCCACGCCGAGACCAAGCAGCUCACAGAGAUGCUGCCCGGCAUCCUCAACCAGCUCGGCGCCGACAGCCUCACCAGCCUCAGGAGGCUCGCCGAGGCCUUGCCCAGACAAGCCACAGACGGCAAAGCGCCCAUCGCCACCGUAGAAGAUGAUGACGACGAAGUACCAGAUCUGGUGGAGAACUUUGACGAGGCUUCCAAGGAUGAAGCAAACUAGAGGACCAAGUGGGGACCGAUACGUCCGAGUCACAAUGAUUCAAAAAAUACAAAUGUGCUAAAAUGACAUGCAAGCAGCACAAGCGAACCAAAUGCAGCAUGUUGGUGGACAUCCAUGAUGACAUCACUCUCGGAUGCCCAUCAGCAACCUCAGCAGGUGCGCUUCCAUCACCUGUUGAACUGCGCGUACACACACACAGAAUAUAGCUGCCCUGAAAUAUUCUAUUUUUUUUUUUAAAGAACUUUUUGAACAGAUAAAAAAAUUCAACAACACCGGUAGUUAUAACGAAACAAAAAACAAAUAGAAGGCAGCAGUAAAUUUUGCCCUUUGAUAGCAAUGUACGUGUUCAAUAGGAGUAGGAAGUACAAAAAUAAAUAAAAUUAUUUGUUGGGUCCAACCCCAAACCCGA